UGGAUCUCUCACUCUCCAAAAGAAAGGAAAGAAACUCAUCUCUUGAGAAUCUGAAAAGCCAGAGCAGAACUCAAAAAAACUUGAGUACCGGGAGAUUUAUAAUCUGGAAAAGUAGUAUACAGUGAAUCUGUGGCAGAUGAACAGAGUGAUUAGUCAGUUUUCGGGAAAGUUAAUGAAGGACAAGUGUGUUACCGGAAGUGGCGGCGGUGCAGUCAAAGAAUCGGCGUCGCCGCAGAGUCCAGUCGCGACAUCUUCCUCUGUGCGGAGGCUGAACGGCGAUCUGGAGUCGAGGCGAUUUGGCGGGGCGGCUAGCGAGAGACUGAGGCAGGCGGAGGAGUCUCUGAGGACGGUUAUGUUUCUGAGCUGCUGGGGAGCUUGCUAGAUCUGGUGGUGUAUAUCAAAACACGUUCCUCUUUGUGCUUUGAUUUUGAGUUUUUUUUUUUUUUUUCCUUUGUUUAUUUUGAAGAUGUUUGCUGUGAAUAUUUUUGAUCUUUGUGUAGCUGUUUCUGUAAAUCAAUGUACAAAAACGAAAAGUUGUGUUGAAGAAAAUGGUUUUCUCACCAAA